AUGGAUUUGAUGGAAUUAUUUUUCAUUUCUCUCGGUUCUGCGGUUGCAGUCUUCUAUGGAGUAAAACUUCUGCUCUUCUGUAGGAUGCUUUUUCCAAAAGUGUGCUUUCCAGUGCCUGACACCUUCUUCACAUCCUUGGGAGAGUGGGCAGUGGUGACUGGCGCAUCAGAGGGCAUUGGACGGGCAUAUGCAUUUGAGCUGGCUGCAAAAGGGAUGAAUGUGGUGAUUAUGAGCAGAACUAAAAAGACACUGGAUCAUGUGGCCAAGCAGAUAGGUGACACUACGGGGCAGAGGGUAAGAGUGAUCGUGGCAGAUUUCACAACAGAAAAUAUCUUCGGUGAAAUUGAGGAGCAGCUUCAGGAUUUGAACAUUGGUGUUCUUGUCAAUAAUGUUGGUAUUCUGCCCAGCUUCAUCCCCAAUGCAUUCCUUGAGUGUUCUGAUCUGGAGCAGACAAUUACAAAGACCAUUAACUGCAAUGUGAAAACAAUGAUGUGCAAAAUAAACCUUCCAGGCAUGGAGAGCAGGUUUUGCUCACUGAGUGGAAAAUGGGUGAUUAUAAAUGUUUCUUCCGGAGUUGCCUCCGUUCCCUUUCCCUUGUACACUUUGUAUGCUGCACAAAGGUGAGUAUUUGUUGAAAGAUUUUCACAAGGUCUUCAAGCUGAAUAUAAAGAAAAGGGGAUUAUUAUACAGGCAGUGGCUCCAUUUGGUGUCUCCACUCGGAUGACAGCUUUUCACAAAAGAAACAUGCUGAUCUUGUCACCAGAAGAGUUUGUUCAGAGCUCCCUGCUGUAUCUUAGAGCUGGGGACAAAACAUAUGGCAGUGUCUGUCACACAGUUUUGGGCUGGCUGCUACAGUCUAUCCCUCUGACGAUUCAGCAUGCAGACUUUGCCCUCCAGGGCAUGCAGGACUUUGUGAAGAAAUACACAAAAAGAAAGCCAUCAAUCUCUACUUAGCAGCGAGUACAACAUUUGAACAUAGACGUCAAUAAAUCAGCAAGAAUAGCAAUGGAAAGAUGAUUUACUCUCAGAUUCCUUGUGAAUACAAAUAUGUAAGUUGUACUUUUCAUCUUAUUUUACCUUGUGUAACCCAUUAAGGCACUGGAUUAUAGAUAUAGCAAUUUCUUUUGGUUGAUAUAGUGAAUAGCCAACCUUAUGGAAAGCAUCUUCAGGAAUGUUACUUAAAAUUUUAUUUAAUUUUAUUUUUG